UCUUUCGCAGCCCGCCGUGCUGCCAGUGGCUGAGAUACAUGUUUUUGAGGGUCAAGAUUUCUGGAAUAUGAAUCAUUAGUCUAUUAAUCAUGGCAAACUUUUCAAGAACAGCCCAGCAAUGGGCGACUUUCUCCCGAUCAUGGUUUCUCAUUGAUGCUAAGAUGCAGCCACCUGGGAAAAUAGCCACGAUGUGUUCUGUCCGACUACAGGGGAAACACAAGCCCAUCUAUCAUGCACUGAGUGAUUGCGGAGACCAUGUGGUCGUAAUGAAUACCAGACACAUAGCCUUCUCUGGAAACAAAUGGGAGCAGAAAGUCUACUCCUCCCACACAGGGUAUCCGGGAGGAUUCAAGCAAGUCACGGCUGCCCAGCUCCACCUUAAAGACCCAAAAGCUAUAGUUAAGUUGGCGGUUUACGGCAUGUUACCCAGGAACCUGCUCCGGCACAACAUGAUGCAGCGACUACACAUCUUCACGGAGGACGAGCUGCCAGAGGACAUCCUGGCCAACCUGACGGAGGAGCUACCCCAGCCCAGAGUCGUCCCGCGGACCCUGAGCCAGUACACCCAGGAGGAGAAGGACGCCUUCCCCAGGCUCUGGACCCCACCGACAGACUACAAGAUGAAGUGAGAGCUGCAGGAUGACACCGGGGGGCUCACAGAGUCAUGCAGGAGGCAGCACGCCUUGGCCCAUUACACCGCGGCCAUGUUACCAGCUAACCUCAUCUGAAGAAAUGCCCACGGUGUUGGUGUCUUGACCGUGUUUCAAGAUGCUUCCCUCAUCUAUGAAAUUAGGACUGACUUUUAUUUUUUAUUUUUUACAUUUUUUUAUUUUUUUUUCAAACAAAGACAAAAAGUAAGAGGCCAUUUUGAACCCUGUUUUGAUACAAACAUGAACGUGAUAUAGAAGUGUUUUGAGUUAGGAGGCGGUGGUCUGUUUCUGGGUUUGAGUUGGGUUGACUGGGUUUGUUCUAGCGAUAUGCGGAAGGGUGUCUCCCUUGUCUCCAGAGAAGAUCUCACUAUGUCCAUCAUUGUCGAUAAUCACGUCAUAAACACAGAUAUAAGCCCUGCCAAGGGAAACUUAUUUAAAACUCUGGAUAUUGAAGGGUGUCUACAUAGAGAUCGAUCAUAUUUGAAUGGCUCCUGUUAUGUUUCCAUGGCUGUGAGGAUAUCGGGCAGUACAGAUGCUCCUGGUUUGAUUCCAGUGUGGGAAAGAGGCUGAAUAUUAACAACUAGAACGCUUGUUUUCCAUGACUCAAUUGAAAGGUGGUUAGGUUACUCUGGUCCAGAUGCAUUGUUUCUGACUGUCUCAACUUGCCACGCCUGUAAGUUACCCCAUUAUAAAUAAUUGUUAGUUCCUUCUUUUUUUUAAGUAUACUUUGUGUAAUAGACCAAUAAAUAAUUUACUAUA